AUGUCCUUCUCUCUUGCCAAGCAGUCCGUCCUCGGUCUCACGCGCCCCGUGUUGAAAUACAACCUCCCCUCGGCUCCUGUCGCUGUCGCGCGCUCUUUCGCGACCGAAGCCCCCGUCAAGAAGACUAAGACCUUCCAGAUCUACCGCUGGAACCCUGACAAGCCUGCGGAGAAGCCCAAGCUGCAGACGUAUGAAGUCGAUAUGAACAGCUGCGGACCCAUGGUCCUCGAUGCUUUGAUCAAGAUCAAGAAUGAGAUGGACCCCACCUUGACCUUCCGUCGCUCCUGCCGUGAGGGUAUCUGUGGUUCCUGCGCUAUGAACAUUGGUGGUCGCAACACCCUCGCCUGCAUUUGCAAGAUCGACGUCGAUGCCAAGCCCACCAAGAUCUACCCCUUGCCUCACACCUAUGUUGUCAAGGAUCUCAUUCCCGAUUUGACCGAGUUCUACGCUCAAUACAAGUCGAUCGAACCCUUCUUGAAGCAGAAGACCCCCGAGCUCGAGCGGGAGAACUUGCAGUCAAUUGAGGACCGCAAGAAGUUGGAUGGUCUUUACGAGUGUAUUCUCUGCGCUUGCUGCUCGACAUCUUGCCCCUCGUACUGGUGGAACUCGGAUCAGUAUCUCGGACCCGCUGUCUUGAUGCAGGCCUACCGCUGGAUGAUCGACAGCAGAGAUCAGUUCGGACCCGAGCGUCGCCAGGCUCUCCAGAACCCUUUCUCUCUCUAUCGCUGCCACACUAUCAUGAACUGCGCCAAGACUUGCCCCAAGGGUCUUAACCCUGGUCUCGCUAUUGCCCAGAUCAAGAAGGAGAUGGCCUUGGAGUAA